AUGGGCCUCCACGUAACCCCAUAUGGCACUUUCUACGUUCAGCGCAGUCUGCGCACCGGCGAAGUGAUGCAAGUGUUGCCUGUUCGGCGACCGGAAACACCCAGCCACCUGCCGUCUGUCGACUCUCUGGGUAUUACUGACAAUUUCAUCGAGCGUCGCCGCGCUUCCAUCGCUGCAACCAAUGCCCGAGCCUCGCACCCCCAGGACUCUCUGCAGCGCGAGCUUGCCUCCGCCGGUGGAGAGCGCCUCUUGGAGACAGGUAAGGCGGUGUUGGCGCAGCGGGACGAUGGCGAUGUUGAAAUGAACAUGGGUAAUGGCAAUGGCAGCGGCAGCGGCAGCGGCCGAGGAAACGAGGCUGGCGGGACAUUUUCUGCUCCUGCAGCACCGGGUUGUGACAGCAGCAGCAGCAACAGCAGCUCUCACCAUCAUCGCCACCACCACCAAGUGAACACCGACCCCCAUCACCCAGAGAUGGUUUUUGUCCCCCGCCGCCAAUGGCAACGGUACCGCACGUGCUUCCGGUCCGUCCCUGGCCUGAAGCGCUGUCGCAGUCGCAGCAGCAGUACGAGCAGCCACACUAAUAGUGCUAGUAGCAUGACUAGCCAGGACAGCGCGAGCAGCACGAGCACAGCAGUCUAUUUUCCCUUGCAAGACUGCCACCCCAGCGGCAGUAGCAGUGUUGGAGGCGCCAACAUCGACGUGGCGCCAGCAGCACCUGCGGGCUUCCGCUAUCAACAGCAGCGGCAUCGCACAGAUAGGCUGUAG